AUGACCACUCAAGAUGAACCCCAACAAAGAGUAAUAAGUCAACCUAUAGAACUACAAAAGCUAUCCCUCGUAAACAAACAACAAAAGAAUGCUUCUUCUACGGUUUCCACACCAACAAUCCCGAAGAAACCUAUAAAUAUGCAAAUUCCAAUAACGUCCCCCGUGAAACCAAUCGAUUUCUCCACGGAUGACGACAACGACUACGAUGACGAUUACGAAGAAGAAGAAAGUUAUGUAAUGGCUUCACCCACGAGGAAGAAUCAGAACGCAACUGAUAAUGAAGAUUUGAUUUAUCAAUUGGCUUCGAAACAGAGGGAAAUUACAGAAUUGGAAGCAUUGUUGAAUAAAGCAAGGGACCAGUUGAAAUCUUUGGAGAUACAAUUUAGAGAUUCCUUGCCAAGGGAUGGUCCGGUACAAUUGGGGGCCUCCAACAAGGUUUGGUUGAGUGUCAUGCAGAGGAAGAUCAAUGAGGUUAAUAACUCUCCCAACGUCAUCAGAGGGAAGAAGAGUAUAAGUAAUUUCUUUACAAAUACGGCAAAUACUGUUAAUGCCAAGUACAACAAUAUGCAGACGCAGACGCAAACACAAAGACCCGUGCCACCACCACCAUCAAGAUCGAAAACAAGAGGUGGUACCUUCUUAUCAAGUCUUGUGGAAAAGUUUAAUGAGUUCAACGUGGAUGAGGCGGAGGAAGAUGAAUUUGAUGAAUCACAUAGCAACGUGAGGGACAAGUUUUAUUUGAAAGAACAAUUCGGAUGCGAAGAGGAUGAAGACGUUGAGGACACCAUAGCAGACGAACCACUACAUAACAUGGAAAGCAUCCCAGCAAGUGUCUUCCAAAGAUAUGGUGGUCGAUGA